AGUACGAGUAACUAUCAUUGCUAGACCACGUCGCGCUGAGGGCGGAGGAGCGCAAGGCGAUCUCCCGAUUAUAAAUACCCACAGAAACGUAUCUACAGGAAAACAUAUUUCUGCGAAUAUCUUCGUUGCUCGACACAUCGGACCUUUCGCAACGGUUUUGUGCCGCUUGCUUUUGCUUUCUUUUAUUAUUCAUUAUUCUUCCGUUGCGCUAUCGACGAUCGCGGUGCGGCCAUGCGGCAAGGGGAGAGCCACUGGAUUCUUUUCACAACGACGGUGCUGAGUCACCUGACGAUGCUGCCGAUGCCGUACUUCUUUUACAGGCGUGGUUACGUGUUUGAGUUCUGCGUGUCACUCUUUGCACUGCUUGUAUCCUUCCUGUACCAUUCCUCCGAGAGCUUCGGCACGGCUCUCUUCCUCACGGAGAAGGAGUGGCACCGCCUCGACAACAUCGGCGUUGUCUCGAUCAUGGGCAUGUGGGACGUAUACCUCUGCUGCCUACAGAAUACCUUCGUGGACACGUGCUGCAAGUGCUUCUGCGUCUUCCUCACGUUGGUCCUCCAGCAGAAACACCCCUGGGACGUCCGCUUCACCAUGGCACCAAUCAUCCUCUUCAGCGUCUUCCCUAUUGUGAAGUACUGCUUCAUCGAGCGGCGCCUGCCCCCCGUGAACGUGCGCCAACUCUUCCUCGGCAUUGCCUUCGCGUGCGUUGCCAUACCCUUCUUCAUCUUAGGGCUGAAUGACCACGCAGACCCGUACCGCGUGUAUCACGGCGGGUGGCACUUCUUUAUGGGUAUUGGGUCCUUCUUCCUGUGGGUGAUGGUCCGGCACCCGUCCGCACCCUGCGGCCACACCCGGCUACAGAACACCAUUUCGCUUAAGGGUGAUGCCGUGCUGUGA